UAAUAUCACCUUCUUUCAUCCAGGGUCGAUUCCAUGACCGACGCGACAGACACAGAUACUCCUCCAUCUCUUUACUACUCGCCUUCCAUUAGCGAUCACGAUCACCUUUCCACCAGUGAGUCGACACCUGUGAGCACGCCCGUGGGCUUUGACGCAACUUCCUCCUACCCACGCAAACCAUCCAGCCGCAAAAAAGACUCUUCUGCCUGGGACUCGAAAAAUUCCAGAGAUUCUAACAGUCGCCCUCUUUAUCUGGACUCGAUUGUCAUAGAGGCUGACGGCGAGGAUCCCGCCAACGUCUCCAACUUUCCAUUGUUCCCGUCGUCAUCACCCGGACAGACCACCACAAUGAACGGCCAACAAUCCCCCUUUGACCUCUCUGCUCGACAGACAUCAGUCUCACCACCGGGACAACAAGCUUCCAAUUUGACCUCGGCUCUGCAAAAAGCUGCCAACAAUGAUCGCGCUGGCAAUUCUUCAGUGCCCGCCGCUAACAACGCAAGCGCCGUGUACAAAGCAGCUGCCGCGAGGAAAGACUCUCUGAGCGCAAGUAUGUCCCAAUGGGGAAAUGGAACGAAGCCCAUUUCGGUGAUGGGCUCGAACAGAGAGAAACCUCGUCGCGAAUCUUUAGCCGGUAGUUUGGUUGGUGGUAUGAGCUGGGGCGGAGUUUCGGUUGGUAGUUGGAUACGAGACGAUAUUAUCAUGACCGGCACAUCUCCGUUCACAUUCCAGUCGCCAUCCUUCCACUCCUCUUCCUACCUGCCAAAACUAGAAGCGAACUUCAUGCGCGACUUUUUCUGCUGCGGGCUCACUCUUCCGUCGCUACAUGAUUUGCUCCAACAUUACGAAGAAGCACAUGCGCAGAAAGCCACACCAGGUGGACAACGUCCCAGUCAAGGUGAUAAUCGAGCUGCUGCUGUGGCACAAUCCCAAGGUCAGUCAAAUAUGGGUCAGGACCGUGGAGUGCAGCAAGAUCGUUCGCAGAACGGACAAGUGAAAUUUAAUCAAAACCCCUCCAUCGACACGAAUGCUUUCACAUCAAACCAGCCCCACUUGGACCUGGACACGAUCGACGACAUGGAAAUGGAUGACGCGAUGGGUGUAACGGAUGCAUCUUCUCAAUUGUUCUCUUCACAGAUGCCAAACGCCCAGGGAGGAUUCAACAAUCCUAGCCAGAGGGUACCUCAGCUGAACCUCAGCAUGCUUCAAGGCCAAGGCCUGCGUGGCUCACAGCCCGGCACACCUAUCGCUCCUAGUCACACACUUCUUCAAAACAACCCUACCGUAUCCUCAGUCAACACGCCCACCUUGUCGUCGAAUCCGUUACAAAACUCGCAGUUCCGCAACACACCAGAUUCCUCUGGACCCGGUACUCCCGCCGAGCUCGACGAAACCGUCAUCGGAGGCUUCGGAGAUUUGUCCAUGCAGGGUGGCAUUCUACCGCAAAACGGCCAGUUUGGAGGCUUCGGGGGAGGUAAUGAUAUGGUCGAUCUUUGCAUUGAUGAGCCAGCAAAACGUCUCUUCAGUCCCAACGGAGGGUUUGGAGGACAGAGUUCGCAAACCCAUCUCAAACUAGGCAAUAGUCAAUACGGUCCUAACAGCGAAAUAGCCCGACGAAUCCGAGAACAACAAAUGCUCGCUGGUGUGCCGGAUACUUCCUUAGCCAGCAUGUUCCCCAACGAAGAGCCUAAGCCUUUCAGAUGUCCCGUCAUCGGCUGCGAGAAAGCCUAUAAGAACCAGAAUGGGUUGAAGUAUCACAAAGCGCACGGUCAUAAUAAUCAACAACUUCACGAGAACGGCGACGGUACUUUCUCAAUCGUCAACCCAGAGACAUCAGCCCCAUACCCUGGCACAAUGGGAAUGGAAAAGGAGAAGCCAUAUCGGUGUGAGGUGUGUGGCAAGCGGUACAAGAACCUUAACGGGCUCAAGUACCACAAAUCACACUCUCCACCAUGCAAUCCCGAUCUUCAACUCGCGGGUCGCGGUUUGGCCGUUGGCGGCGUUAUGCAAGGUCAAAACAUCAAUGUCGCCGGUGCCGGAUUGCCAGGUAUUGGUGAAGAGGGAUUGUUGUAA